AUGAACUGUCCUUAUUGCAUUCCUGGACAGCAGCGAUGUGCUGCACAUAGGUCGAAUGUAUACCAGCCGUCUAAGCGGCAACGCAAGAGAGACAGAGCUAUCGUAAGGGAACAAAGAAGGCUGAACCGCAGGCCUCCAGUUGGCAGUCCACUCGGCGGCCCCCAGCAACAGCAACAUGCCGCCAACCAGCAGCCACCAUUUGGCCAGCAGCCACCCUUCACUGCCGGUCAAGUACCAUUCGGCGCCGGUCAGGUACCAUUCGGCGUUGGUCAAACCCAGCAGCAAGUUCCAUUCUACGGUCAGCAAUUUCCUUUCUACAGCCAGCAGUUCCCCUUCUACGGUCAACAGUUCCCUUUCUACGGUCAACAGUUCCCUUUCUACGGUCAACAGUUUCCAUUCUCUGGUCAACAGUUCCCAUUGGGCACUGGUCAAGGAACACAGCAGUUUGGUGGCCAGCAGCUACCCACCACUGCCGUUGAAGCACAACAGCAACUUCCUGGUCAGCAGUCGCCUGGUCAGCAGCUUCCUGGCCAGCAGCUUCUUGGCCAGCAGCUUCCUGGUCAACAGCUUCCUGGUCAACAGCUUCCUGGUCAACAGCUUCCUGGUCAACAGCUUCCUG